CGUUAUGCCUGAAUCGCAUAAUGUCACAUUCACAAACGUCUCCACGCCAUAUAUUAGCUGAAAACUUAUCCAUUCUUGGAUUCAAACCAACAAACAAUACGAACUCGCAUUACUCUGGGGUUAUAGUAAAUCAGGAUGCUUUCUCGGGUGCAAAUAACACCAAAGCAUUUGAGCUAAUGUCCUGGUUUCUGUUCAACAAGCUUGAUUCACACAAAGCGAAGAAGCUGUUUGCACACUGCUGGCCUAUUGUGGAUUACCGCUCGCAACCAAGAGAGUACCGAUCGGUAGCGUAUAAAUGGCUAGAAGAGCUGAAGAAGGAAAACAGGCUAGUAGGCGAUAUAGUUUUGAGGAGAAGCUAUCUUGAAGAUUGCAGAGGAGAGAGGAUCGAAAAAAUCAUGAUGGCCCUUUCGACCCUCGUAUUGAAGACAAUGAUGGAGAGAAGUCGAGAGUACUUGGAUGAGCCAAUGAUUGCGUUAAACAGUAAUGAUAGCAGUGUCCGACGAUUAAUGGAAUUAGAGGAAGCAACUAUGAAAGCAAACAAGAUUGUUGCCAAGCUUGAGGCACGACAUCAGCAAUUCAGGCUUGAUUCAGAAAACAAAGAACGCACGAUAAAGCAAAAACUUGAGAGAUUGGAUUCGUACCAGACACAAGUUGAGAGACAACAGCGCGAUGGAACCGGAAUUCCACACUAUAUACUACAAAUGACGAGCAAUAGUUCUUCAAGCUAUAUGGAACAACAAAUGUUGCAACGAAUGGAUACACUUGGCUCACUUUGGGAACAGUGUGCAGAUGAGCUACUGGUGGCAAGCAAGAGCUCUCUCAAGCUUAAUGAAGAUAGCAGCGUAGACUUUCCUCUUGAUGCGUUUUCACAGAUGUGGAUGGAGUCAUGGAACACUGUUCGCCGAAUUAAAAGCGAGAUGGCAAAUGAAGGUGAAAUAGAGAUGGAUACCCGACUAGUUACCUGGGCGGAAAGUCAAGCUGCAUAUCAUCAACGACGCACCAUUAAAGCAAAAGCGAUAAUAAGCAUGCUAGAGAAAAAUCAGUUGAAUGGGUUCAGCCAUGGUGACACCAACGUUCACAAUAUAUACCAACGAAAACGCAGUCUGGAUCUUGGAAUGGAAGAGAAUCGUCCAUGCACGAUACAAAUGCCUUCCUUAAAACGAUUCCGGUCUUCUGAGCACCGAGUGCAGGAUAUUAGAGAUUCAGUUCGCGAAAAAGUGGAUGCAAGCUACAAGGAAAGCAAUAGACAUGGCGCACAUGAAAAAAUUAAGCAUAAACCCUACAUAACGGGAGCGGCAUCAGAACUAUCACAGCUGUCUAGGAUUAAGUCACCCGUAGAAGCGCUUCAUCCUCCUGCAUCAGAAGCAAUAUCUACCAAACCGACUAUUCAAUACGAUAGAAAUGGCCGACGGAUACGGCCAGCUGCAGAGGGAACAACAUACGAGACAACACAAAAUAAGACCUUGCAUGCGAAAGCACCAAUAGAGCACAAGUCAGGAUCGUCAGGGGUGAAAUCAGGCUCCACCCCAAUCAACGAGCGUUUGUUCAAAGAAAACCGGGGAGGCAAGUCUGUACACACAAAGAAUGAAAUGACCAACGAUAAACCUACGAGGUCUUUGACACCAGGCCGUUCACUCUGCGAUGAGAUUGUCAAUCAAGUGAACAAACCACCUUUAUCCAUGAUCACUCCUCCAAGGUCAUACAGCCCGAAAACCAUUUCCUCCAGUGUACACCACAAUUUUGAGUCGCCGUCAUAUAGCAAAUUUCGUGAAUACAAGCGAAAGCUUUCGGCUGCCGUCGAUACGAGCGCUGAAGAACUGGAACCUACUGCAGCCGCUACUUCGCAGGCAUCUAUCCACAUGUCGCCUAUUCUUAGCAACACUAUAGGACAUAACUUCGAUAUUGAAGACGGAGAUAGUAAUAUCUUUGAGGGAUUUCAGCAAUUCGGCGCUCAAAGUACUCCGCAGAAACCUAGAUUUAUGGAGGGUGGUCUGAAUAGAUCCAUUUUAUCAACAGCUGCAGUGAGCCCUGCCAACAAUUCUCUUCUGGCUUAUAACGCUGCCAUCGACGAUACCAGCGUUUAUUUAUUCGGCGAAGUGCUUCCAGAGAACUUUGACGACGGCGUCGAUAUGACCUUGUAGAUACCGCCGCCGCAGCUAGACAUAUACUCCAGUCUCGCCAACAACCUACAUUGGCCCUGCUACUUGUAAAUAAAAUAAAAUCUCCAAUCAAG